GCCUGCCGGCCAGCGGAACGCCACGACAACACGAUGAUGCCCCGUCCAUGUCGCAACGGGAACGAGGAAACCGAUAUUUCAUGACUUGCUAUCUGGACGUAAUUAUGCCAGUUAGCAAGUCGGACAUUGCCGUGUUCAUUUCCAAAAGUAACAUGAGUAUUCUGGGGUUUCUUCUCGUUCUAUUGCUAAGUAUCAACACAGGAAUCAGGGCAGAACCAACAGUGGACCAGUAUGGGUUGAAGGGGGAUUCAAUAUGUCUGGCUGUUGCAGAACCUCCUGAGAUGAUCAACGGACUUCAAUGGAGGAAGGACAAUGAUGUAAUAUUUGGAGACAAAGAGAUCUCUCCUAAAUACAAGGAGAAGGUGGACUAUAACAAUGAUAACCAUUCUCUGUGUAUUAAGAAUCUAAUGGAAACUGACAGUGGAAUUUACAUGGUAAACUACAGGAAACAUUGGAAACAAUCAACUACUACAUAUAGACUGUUAGUGGAGGAUCAUGUUCCCAAACCAGUCAUGGAUGUCACAUCUCUCUUCAACACAAGUGUGGGACUCUGUGACGUCACAGUGAACUGUUCAGUUAAAGAUGGCUGGAUGUUGUCUGUCUGUGACAGAGGUCAGUGUACACUGUCACAACAGUGUCCGUCACUAACCGGUGGUAACAUGACCAUCUGCGUAUUGACUGGAAGGAUCCAAUGCACCAGCAGCAACCACGUCAACACACAGACCAUCUCUCAACCCAUGGAGGACUGUAGUGGUAAUGUGAAAGCCUCAGUGUUACCAGUUGGCACCAUUGUGGGUUGUGUUACUGGUAUAUUACUCCUAGUUGCUGUGUUACUUGGUGUUGGAUACAUCAAACAUACCAGAAGACAGAAAAUCCCUAAAGGACCAAGUCCACUAGAAGAGGUCAUUGUUCCAAGAGUUUACAACUCAGUGAAGACCUCACCAGGGAGAGAAGAACCACAGCAUCUCCUUACCAGAACCACAGCCCUCUUCUGACAAGAACCACAUCACUCUACUGACCAGAACCACAACCCUCUCCUGUCCAGAACCACAGCCUUCUCCUGUGCAGAACCACACCACUCUCCUGACCAGAACCACAGCCCUCUUCUGACAAGAACCACAUCACUCUACUGACCAGAACCACAACCCUCUCCUGUCCAGAACCACACCACUCUCCUGACCAGAACCACAGCCCUCUUCUGACAAGAACCACAUCACUCUACUGACCAGAACCACAACCCUCUCCUGACCAGAACCACAGCACUCUCCUGACCAGAACCAUAGCACUCUCCUGACCAGAACCACAGCACUCUCCUGACCAGAACCACAACACUCUCCUGUCCAGAACCACACCACUCUCCUGUCCAGAACCACACCACUCUCCUGCCCAGAAUCACAUCACUCUCCAGAGAUACAGACAGUCUACUUCACUGAGAAGAACCAGCACCAGCAGAACACCUCCAAGUUGAAACAGGAAGCGCUUCUCCAGACAUUAGACCAAAAGAACAGAAUAACUGCCUCUGAACUGCAUCAUCUCAUUGAGUCACUGAGUUACAUCAGUUCUUGACCUUGUACAGAAACCACGGGACAUUGCACCACCUAGUGGACAUCAAUAAUACCAACAGAGUAAACCUCAUGGCUUCAUUCAUCAACAUGUGUCUAGAUUCAUCAACAUGUUGGGAAGUUGUUUUAGACCAAGAUAUUUAUAUGUUCUAGUAUGUGUUAUUACUAUACCACAAAGCACACGCUUUUCCAGAUGUGUCCAAUCCUAAAUGAACCCCUGGCUCAGGUUUACACCACAUUGAUUGUAGGAUCAGAUAGGUGUACCUGUCAGCAGUAACAUGGCAUUAGUUCCACCUACCCAUCAAUGUUGUGUAUAUGAGAGGGCAGACUUGACCUCAUUAGGCCACGUAGAUGGAUUCUUUAACACAUUUUAUCUGUCAAGCCAUCAAAGUCGUACGUCUUUUUUAAAAGAAUUUGUUCCUAACUGACCUGCCAAGUUAAAUAAAGGUUAAAUUAUAAAAAUAGAUAUAUAACUGGGACACAAGUAUUUAUAAUCUCUAACAAUAACCUGAUACUUUUUACUCUGCCUUGUCCUUCCUCUGAGUUUGGAAGACACUGUUAGCUACACUACUUGACCAAAAGUAUGUUGUUAUGCUGUUCAAAUAUCUCAUUCCAAAAUCAUGGGCAUUAACAUGGAGUUGGUCCUCCCUUUGCUGCUUUAACAGCCUCCUCUCUUCUGGGAAGGCUUUCCACUAGAUGUUGGAACAUUGCUGCAGGGACUUGCUCCCAUUCAGCCACAAGAGCAUUAGUGAGGUCAGGCACUGUUGAGCGAUUAGGCCUGGCUCGCAGGUGUUCGAAGGGGUUGAGGUCAGGGUUCUCUGCAGGCCAGUCAAGUUCUUCCACACCUAUCUCGACAAACCAUUUCUGUAUGGAACUCGCUUUGUUUACGGGGGGAUUUUCAUGCUGAAACAGGAAAGGGCCUUCCUCAGAACUGUUGCCAUAAAGUUGGAAGCACAGAAUUGUCUAGAAUGUAAUUGUAUGAUGUAGCGUUAAGAUUUCCCUUCACUGGAACUAAGGGGCCGAGCCUGAACCAUACAAAACAGCCCCAGACCAUUAUUUAUCCUCCACCAAACUUUACAGUUGGCACUAUGCAUUGGGGCAGGUAGUGUUCACUUUGCAACCGCCAAACCUAGAUUCGUUUGUCAGACUGCCAGAUGGUGAAGCGUGAAUCCUCACUCCAGGGAACGCUUUUCCAGAGUCCAAUGGAGGCGAGCUUUACACCACCGACCAUUGGCAUUGCUCAUGGUGAUUUUAGGCUUGGGUGUGGCUGCUCGGCCAUGGAAACCUAUUUCAUAAAGGUCCCAACCAACAGUUCUUGUGCUUACGUUUCUUCUAAAGGGGCAGUUUGGAACUUGGUAGGGAGUGUUGCAACCGAGGACAGAUUAUUUUUAUGGGCUAAAUUUGACAAAAUUACUCAUCCUAUGACGGUGCCACGUUGAAAGUCACUGAGCUCUUCAGUAAGCCCAUUCUACUGACAAUGUUUGUCUAUGGAGAUUGCAUGGCUGUGUGCUCAAUUGUAUACACCUGUCACGGUGUUGCUGAAAUAGCUGAAUCCACUCAUUUGAAGGGGUGUCCACAUACUUGUGUGUAUAUAGUGUAUGUUUCAAUGUACCAGUUGACUAGGAAUUUACCUGACCUCUGAACCUUUCAUUGUGAUGAAAUGUAAGUUUACAAUAACUAUGUGAUACAUCCACCCCUGAACUGGGUUAUGGU